UUUAUCAGAUAUCGGAUACACUGAAAUAUACGAUUUCUGAUACAUCGGAAUCCUUAUUCCUUAUUUCUAAUUCCUUAUUCCUUCUAUUGUAGCCGCACCAUCAUUGUGUAUAUAGUUCAGUGCGUCUAGGAUCGAUUUUUAGCAUCGUGGACAUUGGACUUUAAAACCUUGUGGUCUGCUACGUGAUCAGACGUGAUGCACCAUAACCUUUUCCAAAAAUGACACAAGUGUUGAAUAGAUUACUGCUUAAUAGACAUAUUUAUCUUUCAUUUAAAAACAAUAAAAGAUUUGCCGGUCAUAGCAAAUGGCAAAAUAUAAAGCACAUAAAAGAAGAAAAUGAUAACAAACGGAUGGUACUGUUCCAUCAUCUGAAAAUACAAAUGACGAUUGCAAUACACGAGGGUGGCACUACAAACCCAAAUAAUAAUUUAAAAUUAUCACAAGUCAUUGAACGAGCCAGAAAGGCAAAUAUGCCUGUGGCAUCGAUAAAAUCUUUCCUCGACAGAAUAGAGGCACGGAAAAACAAGACUCAAACAGGUGUGAUAGAAGUUCGUGGACCAAAUGGUUAUAUCAUGCUCGUAUGUUAUAUAACGGAUAACCCCAAGUUUUUCCUAAUUGAGCUUAAUUCAAAACUUAAAAAAACCAAAGGAAAAACUACAAAUACUUCUGCCAAAAACAUGUUUACUCAUACAGGCAAUAUUAUAGUUAAAAAGAAAGGUAAUUUGGAACAAGCUAUGGAGGAUGCUAUUAACAUUGGUGCGGAAGAUGUAGAGGAAUUCAUGGAAAAUGAUAUGGAAUAUUUCCAGUUUAAAUGCGAGCCGAAGCUCUUAAACAAAAUAAAAUGUCUUUUAAAGGAUCGUGAAUAUUGUGUACUUUUAGCAGAAGAAGAUUAUGUACCACAAACUGUAAUAGAAUUAAAUGAAUCAGAUUUGGAAGCUGUUUCUCAUAUCCGCGAAAGAGUUUUGAACUUAGAAGAUGUCAAUAAAAUACAUGAUAAUUUAGCAUAAAAAA